AUGUCCGCAGCCCCUUCACACCCAGCCCACCUCGAUCCCAGCGAACUAGGAACAAAAGAGUACUGGGAUCGAUACUACCAGAACGAUCUGGACAAUGGAUCUCCCUCUUCCGACGAAGACGACGACGACGAUGAAAACAACAACGCAGACGCAGACGACGACGACGAGUACCAUGGUACCGGUGCCGAACCACCUGACCCAUCGGAGCUCGAGUCAUGGUUCGACGACGUGGGCGCGCCACAAAAGACACUGGCGUUCUUGACUUCGACCACGUUCCCUCUCUCACCUAAUUACAUCGGGGCGGGCGAUGACGACCAUAGCGAUGCGGAAGGCUCGUCGACAACAACAGCUACAGCUACAGCCACAGAUCUACCACCUACCGUUCUUGACCUAGGCACAGGCAACGGCAGCGCCCUGUUCGCCCUGAGACUCGAGGGCGGCUACACCGGCCGCAUGGUCGGCGUGGACUAUUCGACGCAGAGUGUCGAGCUGGCGCGGAAACUGUGGCGGCAGUAUGGGUCGAGUUGGCGUGCAAGUGCACCUGCACCUACAAAUUCAACUUCAUCUUCAUCUGCCGCUUCAACCACCUCUGCCUCUGCCGCUCCAUCAACUACGACGCCAACCCCAACAUCCGCAGAACCACACCCAGACUCAGAACCAGAAUCAGACAUCACAUUCCAAGUCCUCGACUUGAUCCACGACACGCCGGCCCAGCAGGCCUGGUGGCCCACUUCGGCCGGUGGCUUCGACCUGGUCUUGGACAAGGGCACAUUCGACGCCAUUUCGCUGUCGUCGGCGACGGUGACAGUGACGGUGACGGGGACGGGGACGGUGGUUGAGCCCGACGCCAGCCCCAAUGCCAGCCAGUUCACCCCCAGUCGCGACAGGCGCGAAUGGCGCGUCUGCGAGCUCUACCCGGCCAAGGUGCUGGCCAUGGUCAAGCCCGGCGGCUUCCUCCUCGUCACGAGCUGCAACUGGACCGAGGAGGAGGUGGUCGCGUGGUUCACGGGCGCGGAAUCCGAACCACAAUCUACCGGACGGUUCGAGGUCUACGAUACCAUCAAAUACCCCGUCUUUGAGUUCGGUGGGCAAAGGGGCCAAGGCGUAGCCAGCGUAUGUUUUAGAAAAGUUAUUUGA